AUGGCUUUCCUUUGGGUUCUCGCUUGCUUUGCCUUCAUUGGCACAGCCUAUGGACAGAUUUGUGGUGUCCCAGCCAUCAGUCCUGUAGUCUCAGGCUAUGCACGAAUUGUGAAUGGUGAAGAUGCAAUUCCUGGAUCAUGGCCUUGGCAGGUCUCCUUGCAGCAACAAAAUGGCUUCCAUUUCUGUGGUGGUUCCCUGAUUAACGAAAACUGGGUUGUUACUGCUGCCCAUUGCACCGUGAGUACCAGGCAUAUUGUGGUUGUUGGAGAAUACAACAAGUGCACAGCAGAUUCCAAAGCUCAGUUUAUCCCUGUUGCUCGGGCUAUUACUCACCCCUUGUGGAACCCGAAUACCAUUGAAAACGACAUCAGUCUUGUCAAGCUCUCAAGCCCUGUUUCAUUCGAUGCCGAGAUCUCUCCUGUCUGCCUUGCUUCAGCAUACAAAACAUUCAGUCCUGGCAAGCAGUGUGUCACUACCGGAUGGGGCCUGACUCGCUACAACGCUUUCUUUACACCUUGCACCCUGCAGCAGACCGCUCUCCCUCUCCUGAGCAACCCUGAGUGUGAGCAGUUUUGGGGCAACAAGAUUGAUGAUACGAUGAUUUGUGCUGGUGCUGCUGGUGCCUCCUCCUGCAUGGGCGACUCAGGUGGACCCCUUGUCUGCCAGGAUGCAGGAACCUGGUACUUGACAGGAAUUGUCUCCUGGGGUAGUGGCCGGUGCUCUCCACAGAUACCUGGAGUCUACGCCCGAGUGUCCGAGCUCCGGAACUGGAUCGAUCAGACACUCGCCAGUAACUAA